ACAAUCCAGAUUAACACUUGAAAAUAUAAUUGUAUCACACAUAUAAUUUGGUUAUCGUCAACAAGUUUUUGUUAAUUGUUAUAUAAGGAUAAAAAGUAAGCGAGCAAGUUCAGUUUGAUCACGCUUAGCAGUUUAAGCGGUUGUUUCGUUCAUACUUUUGAGUAAGAAUAUUUUAUAAUGGCAUACAUAGUUGAUUUACGAUCAGAUACCGUAACUAAGCCAUCCAAGUCCAUGCGACAUGCGAUGGUUAACUCUGCUCUUGGAGACGAUGUAUUUGGAGAAGAUCCCACGGUGAACACGCUGGAAAGUAAAAUUGCUACCCUUUUGGGUAAACAGGCUGCGCUUUUUGUACCUAGCGGCACUAUGGCUAACCUUAUUGCCGUAAUGGUGCACUGUAAAAAGCGCGGCUCAGAGGCGAUAGUCGGAAACAAGUCACACAUUUAUAAAUACGAACAAGGAGGUGCAUCACACAUAGCGGGAGUAUUGUUAAGCACGAUACAAAACAAACCAGAUGGUACCUUCGAUCUUAAGGAGUUGGAAAGUCGGAUACGAGGCAGCGAUCUUCAUGAACCCAUCACCUCUAUGGUGGCUAUUGAAAACACGCACAAUGUUUGUGGAGGGAAGGUACUGCCCCUAGAAUGGUUGGAUAAAAUCUCCGCUCUGUGCCAGAAGCACAGCAUCCCACUGCACAUGGACGGCGCUCGGUUGAUGAACGCGAGCGAAGCGCUGAAGGAAACACCAGCAAGAUUGGUGAAAGGCUGUGAUUCGAUAUCAGUCUGCUUUAGUAAGGGAUUGGCUGCUCCCGUGGGUUCAGCGCUCGUGGGAGCCUACCACUUUAUUGAGCAAGCUCGCCGCAUGCGCAAGAUGCUCGGUGGCGGCAUGCGGCAGGCCGGCGUGCUGGCUGCCGCUGCCGUAGUGGCGCUCGAUGAGACCGUGCCUAGAUUGGCGUUUGACCAUAAACGGGCGCAAAUAUUGGCUAAGACGAUGCAAGGUCUAUUCCUCAAGUCGUUCUCCGUGGACGUGGAAGGUGUUCACACCAACAUCGUGAUGCUGAAGAUAGCCGACAGCAGCCCGCUCACCGCCGACCUGGUGCUGAAGAGGCUUGGCCAAGUCGCCUUGGACGAGACACAGGGUGACUGCAAGACCACGAACGACGAGGGUGUCAUAGUAAAAGCUGUAGGUUUCGACAGUAAGACGAUACGAUUCUGUCUCCACGUGGACAUCUCUGAUGAGGACCUGUGGCUGGCCAUCAUGAAGAUGACCUAUGUGUUCAAGGAGCUGGAUGCUGCUCAUCCUGUUGCUAAAUCUUAAUGUGACAGUAAAAAAAAUGUUUAUUAUACGCAUGUGAUGACACAUGAUGUGUUUAGUGUUACAGAAUAAAAACGUAUUU